GGUGACUCUGUGACUACGCGGCCGCAUCCACGGGCGAGAAGCGAAGCCUCGCUUGGCCGCAUGCCGCUCCCAAAGGCUUCCAACCCAACAGAGUGCAUCAAAUUCACUGAGCUGCGGUGGGUGAGGCUCCGACAACGGCGGUGUGCGCUGCUUGCCACCUUGUUGUGAGCUUGGGAGGUAAUACUGUAAUAAACCAGCACCACCUCCGAAGCCUCUCGUAUGCGCGCCAGGUGUCCAGUCCCAACGUCCCAUCCCAUAUAUAUUGCCCAGGUGUAUGAGCGGCGCUCUUUUCUACAAGUUCCCACCAGCAACAGCAACCACAGCACAGAAACGAGAAAGCGUCCAUGUCGCCUGUUUUGCAAGAGAGAAGGGAGGGUACGGGUGCAACGGAGAACAGUGAGGGCUUGGGAUCCAGAAAGAGAACACUCCAUCGGCGACAGAAUGGGCAGAAUGCACCCAACGGGCAGAAUGGACAGACAGGACAGGAUAUCCCCAUUUCGUUCGAUGGGUUCUUGCCGCCGUCGAUGGGGAAGGUUUCUGCUGCUGCUUUCACGGACGACGACGAAGGCAACAACAUCACCACCGUCAUCAACAGCGCCCGCCACAACCAAACGGAAAUGCUCGCCCUAACCUCCGAAAUGACGCCUCAAAAUAAAGCCGACUCCCUCAACCUCGCCUUCGCCGUAAUCGCCACCAACGUCAAGCUCGCCCCCGCCAUCGACUUCCCCUCCAUCCCCUGCGAGUACCUCCAGGCAAAUUGGACCUGCACCCCGGGUUACUUCUGCCAAUCUCCCGCCGAUAACGGAAACGCUACGUCCCCGCCGAAAGCAGAGAAUAAGUGCCCGCCGGGGUUCCUGUGCCCGCGCAACACCUACGAGCCCGUUUAUUGCUGUAAAGGGUUCUACUGCCCAACCCCCGCCGAGGUGCACAUCUGUCCCGAGGGACAGUGGUGUGGGCUGGGGUCCGUGCAGCCCGAGGACUGUAGUCUGCUGGCGUACUGCCCCGAGGGAUCGUCGACGGUCAGGCGGUAUGGGAUCUUGGCCCUGCUGCUGGUCGUAGUCAUCAUUGUGUCGUUUUUCUUCUGUGUGAGGCGGAGGGUGGUUAAAAAACGCACGGGCAAGUAUACCGCGAGGUUGAAUGGACGCGCGGCCGCUGCUAAGCGCGGGCCGACCCGGAAGAAGGCCCAGCAUGCGGCAGGGACCGGGAAAGAGAAGCUCUUGGGCGCAGAUAGCCCGAUUAGCAACAGCAAUAGCGACGAUACCCUCCUCCUCUCCGACGACGACGACACCGGCGUCGCCCUACCGUCCCGCCACGCCACAACCCUACACAAAUCCUUCGACAUCAAAUUCGAAAACCUCUCCCUUACCCUCCCGACCGGCACCACCAUCAUGCGCAACGUCACCGGCCACCUGCGUCCCGGUCGCGUCUGCGCGGUAAUGGGUCCCUCGGGCGCCGGCAAAACCACCUUCGUCUCCCUGCUCACCAACAAAGCCCCCCGCACGGCGGGCAAAGUCUUCAUCAACGACGUCGAAGAAGAUCUAUCCCGCUACCAGAAACUGAUCGGCUUCGUACCCCAGGAGGACGUCAUGCUGAGGGAACUGACGGUGUUUGAUAUAUUGAUGCAUUCGGCGUUGAUGAGGCUGCCGAAGGAGUGGGAUAAGGCGAGGAAGAAGGAGUUGGUGUUGGAGACGAUCGCGUUUUUGGGGUUGGGGCAGGUUAUGAAUAGUGUGGUGGGGGAUGAGGUUGAGAGGGGCAUUAGUGGCGGGCAGCGGAAGAGGGUUAACAUCGGGAUGGAACUGGUAGCAGCCCCCAGCGUCCUCUUCCUCGACGAACCCACCUCGGGCCUCGACUCCGCCACGUCCCACGAAGUCAGCACCCUCCUCCACCGCAUCGCCCGCACCCAAAACAUGACCAUCGCCGCCGUCAUCCACUCCCCAACCCCGUUAGCCUUCACCCAGUUCGACGACCUCCUCCUCCUCGGCAAAGGCGGCCGCAUCAUCUACUUUGGUCCCCGCGACGCCGCCCCCGCGUAUUUCCAUAACCUCGGCUUCACCAAACGCAGCGCGAUGGAGGGGGACGCCGAUUUCUUCAUGGAUGUCGCGACCGGCCGCGUGGAGUGCAAACACGCCAAACACUUUGAACCCACCAUGUUGUUCCGCGCGUGGGAGCUGUAUGUCGCCGGUGAAGACCCCAUCGAGGGUCUGCAUGCGACGACGGCGUUGAGGCCCAGCAAGACGAUGAUUGGGAGGAUUGCGAAGCGGUCGUUGAUGGUUGCGGAGGUGGUGGAGAUGUUUGCGGGGGUGGGGGCGUAUUGGAAGGAUGUGGGGAGGGAGUUUUGGGGGGGUCUGAAGACGUUGGUUGGGGUCGGGGAUGGGGUGAGGAGGACGCCGGGGUUUUUGGCGGCGUUUUGGUUGUGUUAUUUGAGGGCUUGUACGCAGCUCUACCGCUCCCGCUCCAUCUUCUGGUUCGACCAAUUCAUCCACCUCCUCUGCGGCACCUUCAUCGGCAUCGCCGCCCAAGAAAACACCUACCUAGGCCUGUACCCCGCCGCGGUCUGCACGCGCUCCUCCCCGCUGCUCUCCUCGGGCCCCGGCUGCUCCAAACCCAUCGACACCCUCUCCAACGGCGGCAUGUUCAUCGCCCUCGGCGUGCUGUUCGCGGGCGUGACCUGCGGCGCGGCGACGUUCGGGAGGGAACGCACGGUGUUUUGGCGGGACGUGAGCAGUGGGAUGCCUGCUGUGCCGUAUUUCUUGGCGAAGUGGGCUGCGGAUCUGCCGAGGAUUCUGGUGGCCGGGGUCAUGUUCACUGCGACGUUGGUGUUGCUGUUGCCAGUGAGACAGGGGAUCGCGAGCGUGUUUGUGGUUGUGCUCGCCUUGUAUUUCGCUGCAUUCCCAAUGGGCUACUUCCUCUCCACCCUCCUCCCCACCUCAACCGUCCCCCUCGCCUCCACCGGCUUCGUCCUCCUCUGGUCCCUCAUCCUCGGCGGCGUCACCCCCUCGCUGCCCUCCAUCACAACCUACCCGCAGGCCCUCCAAUACCUCUGGACGCUCUCAGCCCCGCGCUGGGCCGUCGAGGCGUACUACAUCAAGGAAGCCGCCGCGCGGCCGUGGGCGGAGCUGCAGGACCUGACCACGGAGUUGAGGCAUGGGUAUGCGAGGGAGAAUUGGGGCAGGGCCGUCGGGUGGGUGGUCGCGAUUGGCGCCGGGUGGGCCGUGAUGGCCCUGGCUGGGUUGAAGUUGGGGUGGAGGGGGAAGCAGAAGUAGCGGCGGCGAAAGUCAAAGGGUUAUAUGGUAGUGGACGUUGUAUGUUAUGUAUGUAGAAUCCCCCCCCACCCAUGUGAGCAUUUAUACGGUGUAUGGAUGGUCCCCUCCACUCUGAAACCUCCCUCUUGUAGAACGACUGUCUGUGGGUUUUGCGUUUAGGAGACGAUGGCGAGACGAAUGGACCGGUGGUUUGUACGAUAUGUAGAAAAUGCGCAUUUCGGCGGUGUGUGUUCUGUACCGCACAUCAUUCAGGCUUUUUUUUCGCGG